CAUUCAGUGGAACAUCGGCAAGUGUUCUCAGUACGCCAACUGCGAGCACGUCAACUGCAACUCGGUUGCGCAGAAGUACAGGAACAGUGAAAAAGAUGUCAUGCAUUUAAUAUCACAGAUACCGGCCAGUUGUACCGAUAAUGAGUGUUUUCACAAAAGAUUUCGAAGUAUCGAUGGAACAUGCAAUAAUCUGGAGCAUCCUAUAGUCGGAGCUGCAUUUACACCUUACAUUCGUCUACUCCCAAGUGUAUAUGGUGACGGAUUCAACAGCAUCACCGAUACGCUCUACGCAGUGAAGAAGGGGAUGCCACUUUGGUUUUCAGGCGGUCGUCUCGACCGACGACCAAAUCCACGCGAGGUGUCGAUGUUUCUGCUCUCAACAGGGAGCACUAUACCUGGCCCAGCAAACAGCUUGCUGAUGCAGUUCGGACAGUUUAUCUCUCACGAUUUCACAAGAAAUGCGCUGGAAAACACGUGCACGUGCCAGUCUGCCUCUGACCAACGUUGUGCAAACGUGCCACGACCUGCUAGUGACAGGAGAACUGAACGCUGUGUGUCAUUCUCACGUUCGUUCCCUGUUUGCCAAACGGGCAUCGCUAAUCGCUCUCGCGAACAGUUGAAUGAGAACACAGCAUACAUAGACGGCAGUGUUGUUUAUUCUUCAGAAGCUGUGACGCUGCAAACCUUAAGAACUGGUGCCAUGUUGAAAACAAAUAUUGUUAAUGGUUUCAUCUUUCCGCCGAACAAUGGACGAGAUUCAAUGACUGUUGGCGACGAUCGGAGUACCCUCUUCGUUGGAUUGGCAGCAAUGCAUACCACGUUUCUCCGCCUCCACAACAAUAUUGCUCGCAAACUGCAAAACAUGAACCGUCACUGGAAUCAAGAUCGAGUUUUUCAAGAAACUAGGAAGACUGUAGGCGCUGUACUACAGGUUAUUACCUUCCAAGAAUUCCUUCCAACACUAAUUGGACCAUUUCACUCUCGUUUGGUACCACCGUAUGUGAAGUACGAUCCAACUGUGAAUCCCGGUGUUCUGAACGAAUUCGCCGCUGCCGCUUAUCGGUUUCAUGGAAUGAUUCAAGAAUCUUAUCCCUUGCUUGGACCCAAUUUCGAAUCUAGAGGACAGUUUCCGGUUUUGCAAUGGGUGAACAGAAUCGAAGUGUUACUGUCAGCAAUGGAUCCUCUCUAUCGAGGACUCAUCGCGACUCCUGCCCGAAGUCCGCAACGAAUCACAACAUCCAUAACGGAGCGCCUUUUCGGUAGCAGUGAUAUGGCCACCGUGAAUAUCCAGCGAGGGCGAGACCAUGGCCUCCGACCGUACAAUGACUACCGUAGGCUGUGCCAGCUUAAGCCAAUUACAAGCUUUGAUGAGUGGCCAGACCUAACCAUGAAAAAAGUCACUGAACGAGUAGCUCAGCUCUACCCAUCGCCGAAUGAUCUUGAUUUAUAUGUGGGAGGAAUAAUCGAGGAGCCGAUUGAUGGCAGUUUUGUCGGCCCAACAUUCGCUUGCAUCAUCGCUGAGCAGUUCGUACGUCUUCGCGACGGUGACAGGUUUGGUAUUCGAUAUCGAUAUGUAUCGAUAACUGCUUUUGAAAACAUCGGAAAUAGAUAA